AGUAGUCAAACAUCGAAUGCUCUCGGAAGCAAAAGUUCUUAAGAUUUCUCUAUCGGAAUUUUAAACUUUUUCAGAUAAGAUCAGCUGGGAGUAAAUAUGAACGCUGUAAGAUGUUAAAUUGGUUCCGGGGGGGAAUUGCACAACUUGGAACGAAAAUUGAAAUGCCUGUCGAUAAAUACGGGUGUGAGCUCUGAUUGCCUACCACAAUGGCAACACAGUUCAGUAUUGAUGACGCCUUUUCGCUGGAAGGAGAGGAGGAAGGGGGUGGGGUCAGCCGAGAGAAGGAUGGAUGGAAAGGAAGAGAUAAAGACAGAGAUGGUGGAGAUGGGGGUUCAAUGAGCUUUGGCCCUCUCUCUUUUUCCAAACCCCAGAGUCAUUCAUCCACCGCUGCCAGCACACCUGAACACAGCAGCCUGAAGUAUCAGAACUUGGAGAAUGAAGAUGCAUUGGGUAGCAGUGGAAACUCCUCUUUCAAUAACUUUUUCAAAAUCAGUGACCCAGCGACACUGUCCUACUGCAGUUCUCAGUGGUCUUUCAGCACCCUCAGCUCGGUGACCCAGCUGUCUGCUCAUUGUUGCAGUUGGACAUCUCACCCCCUGGUAAAGAAGAACAGGAGAGUGGUUCUUGCCUCAUUUCUCCUCCUUGUCACUGGAAUGGCUCUGAUUUUCACAGGGAUUGUAAUCCAGCUAAAUCCACAUGCAGGUGUCUCCAGUGCCAUAUUCUUUCUGCCCGGAUUUCUGCUCUUCAUUCCUGGGGUGUACCAUGUGAUCUAUAUCUCCUGUGCGGUGCAAGGACGAAGAGGGUUCAAGUUCUUCUAUCUACCCUAUUUUGAGAAGUGAUCUUCUACCCCCUUUCCAAUGUGAUGAAAUCUACCAAUCAUGUGCCAAGUAAAUGAUGACAUGUGUGUGGAGAAUAGCCCUGCGUCCUCCCUAAAUACUGACCACUACUAACAUCAAACCACUGUGUGUUUCCAUGCGUUUCCAAUUACUAUGCAAAAGAAGGACUUUGAUUUGUUUUUGUUUUGUAUUAAUAAUUACUGUGACACAACAAUAAAUCUGUUUUGUAUAUUACUUUUAAA